UUCUGCGCUGCCACGGCUGCAACAAUAAGUCCAUUAUAUAGGAGGGAGAUUAUUAUACGUAUCUUGAAUUAUAUUAUGUCUUGUCUCAUAUCAAGCUUUCUACGGCCUAGCUCCUUCCAUUGAGUGCCAUUAAACGCUAAAUUCCGCAUUGGUAUCAAGGCAAGUAAAUAACUUGUAAUAUAAAAGCUCUGGCUCUGCCCUUACUUAUUCCAUUUUUUUAAUUAUUUUAUUAGCAUAAGACAGCAACUUCAAAUAUAUAUUUUAAAAAAUGAGAAUAAUCAAGCAGUAGAAUUUGUGUACUUUAUUUAGCUUAAAUUAACUAAGAUAGUAAAUUUAUGUUGGAAUAUUUAACUCUUUUGCUCUCAUCAGAAAAUUAGACUUUUUAAAAGUCCAUAUUUUUGCAUGACGCAGCGCCUCUACCGAACAUAGCAGAUUUGAAGACAACGCCCAACGCCCAUUCGUGCGAAUAGCGUGUGUGGAGAAGCGUGAAAUUUCCGUUUCAAAAUGGAACCAACCGGAUCAAACUUUGAGAUGUUUUGUAAUCAGCCCCUGAAUUUUAAAUUCGAGGCGCAUCGUCUCUCCUCUUUGCUGAAAAAGAUCGACUGGAAGCACGUUGAGCCGUUUGGACUGGCGAAAAGUGGAUUUUACUAUACUGGAGUCGAUGACAAAGUUAGAUGCACUUUUUGCAACCUGGAAGUCCGCGGAUGGGAGGAGGGAGACACGCCGGACGGAGAGCACACGCGUUGGAAUCCAAACUGCCCAUUUAUGCGCAACAGGCAAAGUGUCCCAAACAUUGAAAUUGGGAAUGAGCGGUUCGAAACCAUGAAUCCUUUCGCGAACUGUGAGCGAUUUCAGGGGAAUGUUUCUAUGAAAGUCGCAAAUGUACCAAUGAACAUGGCCGUGCCAAAUAACCCUUUUCGCCGCAAUAAAGUGGCGUUGCCCAGUAUUGGGGCCAGUUUAUGCGUUGACAAUAAAAUGAAAUUCGGGAAACAAUUUCACAUCAUAGGAGAUGACAUUUACUGCCAAGCCGAGGACUUUAAUAUCAAAGAAUGGUCUCCUCCUAUGCACCCGCAGUUUGUUACACUUAAGGCCCGCAAUGAUUCAUUUAUAUGUUUUUGGCCGCGGUGUCUCAAACAGACACCAUUUGAGAUGGCAAAAGUCGGAUUCUUUCACACCGGGUAUGGGGACUCCGUAAUCUGCUUCCACUGUAAUUUAGGUUUGAAACAUUGGGAUCCAAAUGAUGACCCUUUCGUUGAGCAUUUCAGAUGGAACAGUAAAUGCCAGUUUUUACUGAUGUCCAAAGGCCAGCCAUAUAUUGACCAAAUGCUGCAUUUAAUUCAAAUAACUGAUCUUGUGAUGGCAUCUACUGGUAAAGGAGGCUGGCACAUCGCACCUUUGUAUCCGGAAUUCGCAAUAUACACCAGCCGGUACAACUCAUUUGAUUUUUUGCCAAAUAUUGACACAAAAACUGCAAUUGCCUUGUCCCGAGCUGGUUUCUUUUACACUGGAAUUGGUAAUCAAGUCGUUUGCUUCCACUGCAAUUUGGUUAUGAAGGAAUGGGACCCAAAUGACGACCCUUACGUCAAACAUUGUCGAUUGAAUGCAGAUUGCCGGCAUUUGAUGUUGUGUAAUGGAAAAUCAAGCUAUGUGAAGCACGUGCUGCAGUGUAUUCAAAAUCAGGAAGGCAGUGGAAGCCGCGAAGGCGAUUUGCGGUGCCUCAAGUGCAAUCUAAAUAUCGUGUCCAAAGUCAAUCUGCCAUGUGGGCAUAUGACAUUUUGCUACAACUGCUCUGAACCUCUUUGCGAAAAGUGCAGCAAAGAUAUAAUCGCAUGUAUUAAUGAUGUAACUGGUUUUACCGGCAGCGAUACCAUGAUUCAUUCAAAUCAUUGAACCAUAAGAUGUUUUGAAGAGCUUUUAGCACUCAUUGUUAGUUAUAAUUUUUCUUUUGAUAAAAAUGAUUUUAGAUUACUGUCUUUAUUUGACAUAUCGUACGCGUAUUUAAUAAUUUGAAAAUAGCAGUUCACCUUGCCUUUUAUUUGCAGAUAAAAAGCCAUCGGUGCUACACUAAUGGUUGUGGUAUGAAUUAUUGUUUAUUUGUUGUAAGAGAACACAGCACUGUGUAAAACUGCACUUUUUUAUCAACUUUAAUAAUAUUUGCCUUGCGUCCGAUUAAAUAUAUUGGACGGUUUUAACUUGUUAAACCAUAAACAAAUGAGUGAAAAAUUAAUAAAGUCUGGUUUCAAAGCUGAGACAUCCUUAAAUACUCUUUUUGUUAAGCCUACCUGCGGUUUGGUGCCGCUCUCAACAGUCUGUUGGUAGCGGUUCAUGGAAGAGACAAGAGACAAUGGUGAGCUUCAUCUCCUGUGAUCUGCAAUAUGCGAUUUCAUUUUACUCAUCCCUAUUUCCAGAACAGAUAGCGACACCCUUAUAACAUCUACUAUCGGUCCUUUUAGGAUAGCCUGCCAAAAGUUGAGCAAACCUAAAAAAUGGCAGGGUCACUUAUUUCACUUAAUAUGGGUCAGACAAUUAUAAUUGUCCUAUAGGAAAAUGUCUAACUACUGCAAGUGAAAAUAAUUAAUUAUAAUAUGUAAAAUACAUAUAAAUUUCUUUUUAGAGAAAAAAAUCCAAGUUUUAAAUUAUUUUCUUCCAAAGUAUCAUCAUUAAAUAAACAGUGCUGGAUUUGCAUUCAAAGAGUGACAGGCCCGAUUUGGUAAACCUCAUUAACAUAACAUCUGGAGAUCAACUCAUCAAUUUCUUUCUGCUGUAGAUCUCUCAUUGUCAGCUCCCUGACUCUCACUGGGAGAAAAAUUAUAGGUCCAAACCGCUCUC